UCCCGGCCUCAAAGGGCAAUGCUGUGAAACCAGUCUAACACCUUGAAUCAUUCUUUUACAGGAUUGAAAAAGAAAGCAACUCUUAGCGAUCUCACGCUUUUGGAGGAAACUACAGGAUACAUUAUGAAGCAGGCGAUUUGGACUUUUUUGCUGUUUUGGACAAUACCACUGACCACUGGAGACGUUACAGUGACCUGCGUCUCAACCAGCGACUGCGUGCUGCCCUGUACUUCUCCUUAUUACGACAUCAUUCACUGGUAUAAAGACGGCAAAUCGAACUCCGUCCAUACCUUCUACGAUAAAGCAGAUCAUCUAGAGUUCCAGGAUGCAGACUUUAAAGGACGGACGUCUCUGUUCAAUAAUCAGAUCUCCCAGGGAAAUGCCUCACUGUUGCUGAGAGCAAUCCGAUUCCAAGACGAGGGCAGAUACAAGUGUUACUCCGCAACGAGCUCUGUUAACAAAGAACAGUUUGUCUUGCUAAAAGUCGAAGUUCCAGUUAAAUGGGUGGAUAUAAAAAUGACAAGUGAAGGAAUUUCCUGCAGCACAAAAGAUGUUUUCCCAAAUCCCAAAAUCUCCUGGUACAGAGACGGCAGCUCAGAAAAUACGUUUACUGUGAACACAGAGGGAGAUAAAGAGCGUCUGUUCUCACUGAGCAGUGCUCUCUCUCAGUCUGUCAAAGAAAACACCACAUACAGCUGUGCCAUCAGCCUCGGGGACGAGAGUCAGAAUUACAUCGCCAGCCUGAGAAAAGAGAAUGUUGAGAUUUAUCCAGGACAAGAUGCCGCUAUUCACUGUCCUGUCUCUCAGGAGAACCCUGGAAUCAACAUCACCCUGACGUUUGGUGAGUCUUCUAUCACUCUGAAUUACAGCCAAAGGUCACAGCCACAUACCUUCAGGGGAAAAACGUUCCAUCUCGCACAUGACGGGACCGUCACAAUCCACAACCUGGAGAACGAUAAGGAUUCAGGAACGUACAUAUGUGAGAGCUUAACCACAAAGUCCAGAGGGGUGGUGCACACCUUACUGAAAAUUAAUUCAGCUAACCACCAUGUUGGCGUUGGCGUUGGUGUUGGUGUUGGUAUUGCUGUUAGUGUCAUCAUCGUUGUCAUCGGUAUCAUAGCUGCCAUAAUAUACUGGAUACGGCGGAACAACGGACAGGGUGUCGUGUAAAGUCUUUACAGGACAGGAAAUCCUGUCCUGGUACCAGAAGUCUCAGGUACCACACAACAGACAGAUUCUUCAGAAAAUAACACAAAUUCAUGCAGUGGCAAUCUGAAGUCAUCAAACGCUACCAGUCCAGACAUCUGCCCAAAACAGUCAUGAUGCAGUGGACACAAGUCAGAGAGAGACAAAUGAAGAAGAUUCCCUGAACCAACCAGCAGAAUGAGGAGGUCACAGGUCUCUAAUCUGAAAACACCAACCUCAUUAUUUUAUUAAGUUAACAUUCUCAAAGUCAGAAUUCCCACAUUGCACUUUGUCUUUUUUCUAUUGGUGCUUAUGAAGGAAGCUCAGGCUAAUAGUUAAACAUUUUCUUUGAUGAAAAUAGGGAGAGGAUAUAUUUUAUGUUCAUGUCUCUAUGUCUCUUAUGUUCAUGUCUCUGUUAACCACGUAUAAGGGCAAAAAAGGGGAAAAUAUUCAAAAACAAUCAAAAACCUGUGCUGAAAAGCAAUAGAAACAAACAAAAAUGAAUAAUUAGGACUACAGCAGUUGUUCAGCUCUAAACUGAUUGUAGUCAUCUGUAGACCUUAAGUAGCCCGCAGUCAGGUGCUCGCACAAUCAUAUUUGGUUUAAAAAAAAAAAAAAAAAGUAAUACCUGCUAACAGAGAUGGACAUCCAAGUUAACGUUAACACACACACACAGUUCAUUACAAAGUAGCUUGUGCUGUUGCUAACGAGGGUCUUCAGGUGAAACUGGAUAUCGCCAAUGAUAUUAAUUACUAGACACAUACAUUAAAUUAUUAUUGUGAUUUUCUUUUGUCUGUUAUUCUGUUUCUAUUGUCUGUUUUUUUUACAACAAUAAUCCAUACGCUAAUAAAUAUAGGUAGCUAUUGUUAAUGUAAACACAUGCUUAGUAAUUUAAUACUACUACUGCUAAUAAUAAUAAUAAUAAUAAUAAUAAGGUACAAUGUUACUUCAAGGUUCAAGGUCAAGUGUUGUGUGUCUGUUAGAUUCAUCCUCUCAGACACACUGGGCCUGAGUGGUGUUUGAAUUCUGUAGUCAAUCCGUUCAAAGAGCCACCGCAGUGACACCGCACUUUUUUCCGAUCUUCUCUAACCCUCGGAGGUUUCGUUUCAGCUAGCUGAUCUGAUGUGAAGUGUCUGCAACAGACCUUCACUGAGUGGAAAUGGUGAAAAGUUUGCGACGUAGGUUUGCUAGCCAUCGUCUCCUGAGAUCACUCUGAGCUGUGGGAAGCUGUGAAAGUUUAAAGCUCUUGAAUAUCUGUGCAGAGACACAGACACAGCAGUCUACAUGAGUUGUGUUUGAAAAUUUAGCAAGCUAACAUUAGCUUAGAUCAGCUUAGCAAGCUAACAAAGUUAAGACCUAAAAGAUGAAUCAACUAUCAACAUAUCAGAUAACAUAACGAAAGUAAAUUAUAGAUUAAACUAGCGAUUAAUCUAUACGUGAUACUUGGUGCUAAUAUCUGGUUCAUUACUGCUGUUUAUCUGGCGUCUGUUUUGAAACGUCUUUCAGAGUGGCCUUGUAGGGAAAGAGGGCGGAGCUAAUUUCAGGGCCAGAAAACAGAACCUGAUGUUAUUUAAUGCAUUUCGCUGUUUCCAGUUAUUCUUUUGUAUCCUUGAAAUGACAAAGUGCCUUGAGGUAAAAAUAUGAAGGAUUGAGGAUCAAUUUAAUUGCAUAUGGAGAAACUACUGCGACUGGAAGAUUAGCAAUCAAUCGUGUUUAUAUGUGUAUAAAAUAUGAAUGUAUAUACACUGUAUAUGUAUAAAUCUAUUUUUAUAUAUUAUAUUCUUGUAUUUAUAUCAUGUUUUCACAUUUGUGAUACUGUGAAUUAAGAAUAAAUUC